AUGUCGUCUCUGGUGUCCGACUUCCUCAUCAACCCGGUCCUCCGACAAGCUCGGCGCUUUUCAGAGAUCUCGAGAUCAACCUUUGUCUCCGAACGGGACUCUUCGUCCGACCCUGUCGCCGUCCCGAGCGACGUGAAUAGUCCCGCAACUCGGCAUGCGAUUGUUGCGCCACCCGAAUCCACUCCGGCACGAUCACUCGACAUUGCGACACUACCGCCGACAGUCGACGACGAGCACCCUCAGUCUCCGGCUCCCCUAAUUCAGAGCCCCCCAUCAUACACGAUGGCCGCCAUGCCACCUACAACACGGGAAUCUCUACCCGCCGACGAUGGCAUGGGUGCGAUGCGAAAGCGUCUACUCGACAUCCAGUCACAAGAUAUCGCAGCAGACGACAAGGCCCGGCUUAUGCAUGAGGCUUUGAUGGAGGGUUACCGCAAGUCUCGAGACGCUCCCCGCCAAGGUAACGCGCCGGCAGCCAGCGUGAUAGCAGCAGGGGAAGCAUGGGAACAGUCAGUCCCGAUUGCACCUCUCGAGUCGUUAAAGUUUUGGCAACAUGCGAUAGGGGAGCCGUCCUCGCCAGAAAAGUUUAUCCUGACCGCCGACGAUGUUCGGCCCACGUACGCGGCCGCAAAGCUUGCUACAAGAGAAGAACCCGAGGGUGCUGUGAUUCUUGGCUGCCAACAUUACCGCCGCAAUGUCAAGCUGCAGUGCUCGACUUGCGCCAAGUGGUAUACUUGUCGUUUUUGCCAUGACGCAGUCGAGGAUCACACUCUUGUCAGGAAGGAAACCAAGAAUAUGCUCUGCAUGCUUUGCGCCACGCCCCAGAAAGCAUCAGACGUUUGCGUGAACUGCGGGGAGACUGCAGCCCGUUACUACUGCAACAUGUGCAAACUCAUUCACCAGAAGUGCUACGACGAGCACAUGCUGAGAUCAUACAAAUGUCCCAUUUGCAACAAGAGUUUGCUCAACAUGCAGAGCCAAUUCCGCCAAUUAGAGCUGGCUAUACUUGCCCAGCCAAUGCCCCCUGAAUUUAGGGACACCCGCGCCACAAUCUUGUGUAACGACUGUAGCGGCAAGAGUUCCGUCCCUUACCACUGGCUCGGUCUAAAGUGCGCGAUUUGCACUUCUUACAACACGGUAGAAAUUCAGAUCAGCGGCGGAAGAGAAGAGACGCACGCGACACACGCCAAUCACGUGCCCGUCACGCCGGCAGCAGUCACGCCGGCUCUUCUAUCUCCUGCGCUUCCUACCCCCGUAACGACACAAGCAGCGGCUGCUCCGGCAGGAAUGGACAUACCGCAGGUCGGCAGGCGACGACAUUCGUCUCAUGCUGGUCCCGAGGCACGUCAUCUAAUGUUGGAUCGCUUUGCCAGGUCAGCCUCGCCAGCAGUCACACCUGACAAAAACUAA